UUUGGGUUUCCUAGGUUCUAAGCUCUAUAAGUUUGGCUUCUGUCACUGAGCUUAGGUGGCCUUGGGACCUAGUUGUGGAGAGGCUGGGGCUCCCAUGAUGACUAGCACUGGGCUCCGAUCACUCCUGAGGACACAGUGCCCCCCAGGACCUUUGACACCUGGGGAUCUGAGGGGCCCCAGUUUUGAUGUUCUGGACCUGCAGAUUGUUUCCUCUCCCCCUAACCAAGUUCUUCUGUGUUACAGGUGUAUCUUCAAGCUGAGGGGCCACCUUCCACCACCCCCAUCAUGGUGGCUCCUCCAGACGUUGAAUGCCCAGCCCAGCCAUCCCUCUCGGUGUUCAUUUGUGUCUGGAGUGGACCUUGAGUGGUCCUGGAUGACAACCUCUGAAUCAUAUCCCCUAAAGAAAAUGUCUAGGGAAAAUGAGCGUAAAGAAUUGUUGGAGGAAAUGGUGAACAAAGUUUUGGAUAUGAGUGAUGAAGAUGUUGAUUUAUUUAGUGAUGGUUCAGAGGAGUGCCGUCCUAGUGGAGAUCGUGGGGACAGUUCUGAUAGCAGUUGCAGCCCACCGAGAAAAACUAGAAGAACAUUACAUGCAGAUCUUUCCAGUGGGAAAGGUGGUUCAAAAUUGAUUACUGAAACAAUGGAAGCUGUUGUAGCCAAUUUCAGUGAGAGUGAUUCUUCAUCAGACGUUUCUCAAGAACCUGUAGUGACUAGUGUGAGUGCUCUGACCUGGGGUCCAGUGACAGGAAGAAACAUGAAGAUUUUUGACUUCUUUGAAAGUAACCCUGGUGUUCCAACUGAAAUUGCAGUAAAUCUCCAUGAUAAAGCACCUUAUGAUUUUUUCAAAUUCUUCAUAACAGAUGAUAUUAUUGAUUACAUGGUGAAGGAAACUAAUAUCUAUGCAAGUCAGACUUUACAAAGGGGUAAUAUUAAACCCCACUCCCGACUAAAAAAAUGGUACGAUGUUACUUCUCAAGAAAUGGAGCAAUUUUUGGGAGUAUUGUUUUGGAUGGGCCUUAGCAAGAAGCCAAGACUUUCGGACUAUUGGUCAAAAAACAUUUUGUAUGACAAUUCAUUGGAAAAGUUUAUAUCACGUAACCGCUUCGAAAUGCUUCUGAGAAUGUGGCAUUUCUCUAACAAUGAAGAAUGUCCUCCUGGUGACCAUCUCUUCAAGAUCCAGCCACUUCUUGAUCGUCUUAUUGAAAGGUUUCAGGCUGCUAUAGUUCCAGGUAAGGAAAUAUGUAUUGAUGAAACAAUGGUGCCAUUUCAUGGACGUUUGAGUUUUGUACAGUAUAUAAACAAGUGCCAUAAAUUUGGAAUAAAACUUUUCAAACUUUGCCUAAAAGACGGUUACACCUGGAAUGUGAAGGUUUGUUGUGGGAAGGAAGCAAGAUCUGGCAUUCCUGUUUCAUCCUCGGUUGUCGUGAAGCUAUUAGAAGGUUUACUAGAUAGUGGACGUGUUUUAUACACUGACAGCUAUUACACCAGCAUCCGCCUAGCUCAUCGACUCCUUGAGCGCUCUACGUAUCUGGUGGGCACGCUGAGAAGUAACCAGAAGCUAAACCCGCCAGAUGUAGUGAAGGCAAAACUGAACAAGAAUGAAGUAAUAGCUCGAGAAAGUGACACGGGAGUCGUCAUCCUCAAAUGCAAGGAUAAGAGAGAUGUACUCAUGCUAAGUACUAUGCAUGGCGAAGACACUAAAGCAGUUGAAACGAGAAAAGGUGUUGUAGAGAAACCACAUGUGAUUGUGGAUUAUAAUAAUUCAAAGGCGUUCAUUGACCUCUCAGAUCAACUGAGGGCGUAUUCGUGUUCUUUGAGAUGUGGCAUAAAGUGGUUCCAAAAAUUAGCCGUAGAGCUCAUCACAGGGUCAGCUUUGGUGAACUCGAUCGUUCUCUACAGAGCUGUGAGCAAAAAGAAGAUCCCAAUCACAAAGUUCAAAGAACAAGUUUGCCUCAAACUGCUCCAGACAGACGCAACACCUCCUGCAGUGCCGUCCCUCCCCAUGCCAUCUGUGACUUGUUCCCUCAGGAACAUGGGCGCCGCCAGAAGGAGAUGUACUGUGUGCUAUGAGAGAACACAAGCCGAGAAAGGGUGGGAAUAUGCCAUGAAGAGAUGCAAACAGACAGCAUGGAAAUGCAGCAAGUGCAGCGCGUACUUCUGUGUGGAAUGCUUUUUCCUAAAACACACAUCAAUAAAAAAGUAGUAUGAAAACUUGAAAAAA